AUGUCUGAUAAUGGGGAGGUCGAGGACAAGCCCCCAGCUCCACCCAUGAGGAACACCAGCACCAUGAUUGGCUCCUGCAACAAAGACCCCGCCCCCCUCAACCAUGGCUCCAAGCCCCUCCCACCAAACCCAGAAGACAAGAAGAAGAAAGACCGCUCCAUCAGAUUCAUCCUGACAGGAGGAGGCGAUAAAAGUGAGAACUUAGAUCUGAGUGUUUCAAAGAGUCCGAAUAACUGUGUGAGAUUGAACAGGAGCGGGUUCGGGUCAGGGUUCUGUGACGACGGCGUGUCUGGAGCACGCUCAGAAACUUUCAGUGUUUUUGUAGUUAAAUGAAGCAGAAUUACAUCCACGGCUUUUUCUUCAUCAGGUCUGAUCUGAAUCACAGCAGCGGUUAAAAGAAGUUAAAAUGACCGUAUUUUCAUCCUCAGAAUUCAGUCGAUGAAUGUCGACAAACACACCUCCACCUCCACCUCCACCUCCACGUCAGUCUGGCCUUAUUGUGUCAAACAGCUGUGAGAGUUUCAGGAGCUGAAUCCAACUCACUCCACCGUCUCUGAACCUCCUCUGAAGUCUGUUUAUCUUUUUUAUAACACGAGUUACUAAGAGCUAAAAUACUGUUAUACAAUUAUAAUCUGGAUAAACCUUCAAUAUGUCUGCAGGAGUCAGAGAUGAGUGGAUAAAGAGCGAGGUUUAAAGUCUGCUGUUCUUCACUGAAGUUUGUCAGAGUCAAUGAGAGCUCUGAACUGAGACAGAGAUGAGAGAGACGAUGACUGUGACAGCUGCAGCCUUCCCUCUGUUUUGUGCAGUGUUGUUUUCGUCAGGCAGGACGAAAACUUAAAUGACGACGUCAGACCCCUUUUUUCCUUGACGAAAAUGAGACUAAGACAAACGUCACCAAAGCUCUGUAAAGACUAAAAUGUGACGAAAAUUAUAUUGAUUUUCGUCAGACGAGAACGAGACGAGACUAAAUUGUUAUUAGGUGGACGAACAAAGUUUCAGAACAUGCUUUUUUUUGUCCGAACAGUCACGCCCCCAUCACACACGCACCAAAAGCCUCGCUCGCGCACAGCUGCGCGCACACACUCAUACACAUACACAGAGCGGCAGGUGGACGAGGCGCGCACACAAACACACACACACACACCGAGGCGGCAGGCACAGCAGCGGUGCCCGGUGGCCGAAAAAAGAGGGAUGAUUUUGGUCCUACUUCAGAUACAGUUCAAGUGACAAUAAAAUAAAAGUGACAAUAAAACACGGGACGGGGAGACGAGACAGACGACAGUUGUGGAGCCACAGCUUCCUCAUGCUUCAAACUGUCGGGAAAGAACACCACGAACCUCAAAAGGAACCUUUUCGUCGACUAAAACUAGACGAAAACCUUUUGAGUUUUGGUCGGACUAAAACUAGACGAAAACUAUCAAGGAUAGAAAUGACUAAAACUGGACUAAAACGAAGAAGCGUUUUGUCAAAAUGACUAAGACUAAAACUAAAUCUAAAAUGCCUGCCAAAAACAACAUUGGUUUUGUGGCGGCCCUGUUGUGUCAGGCUGACGGUCGACUUUAAUAAAAUACAGGAUUAUAAAGGUGUGUCCUAUAAAGGAGUUCAGAGAUCUCCUCCUUUUUGCUGCUGACGUGUUAAAAUCAUGAAAUAAAUCAAAUUAAACAGAAAGAAUGAAUAAAAAGGUUUUAAUGCAACAGCAGGAAGUUCAACAUCCUCACGUCAAACCGAGUUUCUGCUCAACAACGCCGGAGACUGAGAAAUGAUUUCCCAUUGACCUCUUAUUGUUAUUGAUUUCUGUUAAAGAGCCGAUCAGUUCAUUUUCUCUCAGACGCUCAUUUCCGGUAACGAUCAGUCUGAAGCUCGUUUAUAAAGUGAAGUCCUGAUCGUAAAUACGGUCUACGGUGAAGUCGAGAGCAGGAGAAACACUAAAGAAUCAGUGAGUCUGACCACCUCUGUGUAACCAUGAAACUACGACUCUGGGUCAGAGGUCAGAGGUCAGGAGGACUCUGGAGCUAACUCUCCUCCCUCUCUAGGGCUGGGCGAUAUGGGAAAAGGUUUAUCAGGAUAAAGUGAUGCAGCUGUUUGAUACUUGGUUCUCCGUCGUCGUCUUCCUCCCUCUGUAUUUACUCGUCUGUGUUUCAGCCGUUUCUCUCUGAUAUUUUGUGAUGAAACUGAAUCCUUCUCUUUUUUUGGGACAUGUAGGAUUUUCUGUUUGUUCAAUAAUUAAAUAAAAAUAAUCCUCCUCUGUGAAACUCUUAAACUCUUCGGCAGCAUUAAAAGCAAAGACGCCAGUUUUUCAGAGUUUCUUUGAUCAGCUGACAGAAAAUCACGUCUCCUAGAGUUAAAAACAAAAAACUGAAUUAAUUUAAUUUCAUAUUUUAAGGUUUGUUUUUCUUUGGACCUGCAGAAAUUAUUCUUAGUUUUAUUUUCUGUUUUUUUAUUUAUUUACAGCCUAUAAGAAGAAGGAGCGCCCCGAGAUUUCUCUGCCGUCUGACUUCGA